UCUCUUGCCUACAAGCUCCAAAAACGUUAAAGGACUCGUACAUGGCAAUUUUUUGUCACACUCUCUCCUCUCUUUCCCUCAAAAAACUCAUAAAUCCUUCAAAACCCACUUCAACAUUCACAUAUAUCAAUCUCCAUAUCCGAUUUCGAGCCAUGAAUUCGAUCUCGGACUCUUCUUCUUCUUCUUCUUCUUCUAAAGUGAUGUGUCAGCUGGUUCCAGGACUUGACACCAAUGAAAAGGAGUACAUUUUGGAUCAAACCUUUGAACGAUACACAUCAAAGAUGGUAAAGAGGAAUGGAAAAGGAGCUGCCAUUGUUUGGUUCAGGAAUGAUUUGAGAGUUUUGGACAAUGAAGUGCUGUUCAAGGCUUGGGUUAAUUCUGAAAGUGUUUUGCCUGUUUAUUGUGUGGAUCCUAGAGUUUUUCAAGCUAGUACUUGCUAUUUUGGCUUCCCUAAAACUGGAGGCUUAAGAGGGCAGUUCAUUGUAGAGUGUUUGGUUGAUUUGAAGAAGAAUUUGAUGAAAAGGGGUCUAAACUUGCUUAUUAGACAUGGUAAACCUGAGGAAAUCAUCCCUGCUCUUGCUAAAGAUUUUGCAUCCCACACAGUAUAUGCACAAAAAGAGACAUGUAGUGAAGAAGUAAAUGUUGAGAAACUUGUCAGCAAAGCGCUCCGGCGAGUUCAUCUGCCACAUUCUACUGGGAGAUCUACCAGCCAUUCUGCAAACAGUCCGACACUGCAACUAGUUUGGGGUGGCACUAUGUACCACUUAGAUGACCUCCCAUUCUUUACCAACAGCAUACCUGAUGUGUAUACUCAGUUUCGUAAGUCUGUUGAAGCAAAAUGUUCCAUCAGAAGCUGUUCUAAAAUUUCAAUGUCCCUUGGGCCAGCUCCUCGCGUCGAGGAUUGGGGAUGUGUUCCAUCAAUUGAGCAACUUGGACUCCAACCACAAGAGGCAGGCAAAGGAAUGAGGUUUUUGGGAGGUGAAACAGCUGCACUAAGCAGGGUGUAUGAGUACUUCUGGAAGAAGGAUUUCCUAAAGAUAUACAAAGAGACAAGAAAUGGGAUGCUGGGACCUGAUUACUCAACAAAAUUCUCUCCAUGGCUAGCUUCAGGAUGCCUUUCUCCACGGUUUAUAUAUGAAGAGGUGAAGAGAUAUGAAAAGGGAAGGCUAGCAAAUGAUUCCACAUACUGGGUUUUGUUUGAGUUGAUUUGGAGGGAUUACUUCAGGUUUAUCUCAAUCAAAUACGGAAAUUCCAUCUUCCAUAUAGGUGGGCCACGAAAUGUUGAGCGUAGAUGGAGUCAAGACCAGAGAUUGUUUGAUUCUUGGAGAAAUGGCUGUACAGGGUACCCUCUCAUAGAUGCCAAUAUGAAGGAAUUAUCAGCUACUGGAUUCAUGUCCAAUCGAGGAAGACAAAUUGUAUGUUCCUUUCUUGUUCGAGACAUGGGCAUCGAUUGGCGCAUGGGAGCUGAAUGGUUUGAGACAUUCCUCUUGGACUAUGACCCUUGUUCGAACUAUGGGAACUGGACCUAUGGUGCAGGAGUCGGGAAUGACCCUAGAGAAGAUCGUUAUUUCAGCAUCCCCAAGCAAGCACAAACGUAUGAUCCUGAGGGUGAGUAUGUAGCGUACUGGUUGCCGCAGCUGCACGAACUUCCAAAAGAGAAGAGGAACUUUCCUGGGAAACUAUACAUGGAGCAAAUUGUGCCUCUCAAAUUUGGAAACCCAAAUGGACACCGAGGUCAAGACAGGGCCUCCGCGGCAAGAAAAACCAAUUAUGGAGGCCGAGGGAGGAAGACGAAAGGAUACUGAGUUAGAAUAAGAGAAACAAAGAUUUGAAUUAUCAAAAAAGAACAAGGAUCUGCACCUCAAAAAAAAAAAGCUGAAACCAAUUUUGGAUCCAUUAAGAGGCUAAGAACAUUGAUUCGUUGAAGGAAACUAUCGAUAACCACUGGGAUAAUUUGCAAGUGAUGCAUGCCAUAACAUUCUUAGACAACCAUGUUGAUUGAUAAUGUUAAUUUGCGAUAUGGAACCUUACAAAUAAUAAUUGAAGACAACUUUCACUCUUACAA